AUGUCCACUACUGCUAAAGGAAGAAUUACCGGAGGCAAUGGCGAACGUUUCACAGCGAUGUUCAUCCUCCCCGGAAGUGAUAGGGCGGCCACCUUCCUUGGAAACUUCUACUCCAGUGUCCCGUCGCUCACCUGCGAUGAUGCGACAUUGACCUACAACAAUCCCCGCGAUCUCACAGCCGCCCGCCAAUUCGAAGCCCAACUCGGUGUCAACAAUGUCAAGUUCACAAUGAAUAAUGGUGUUAUAAUAGAGGGUGUAUUAAACACGCCUAUCUCCCCCCCCAUCAGUGCCUCGGGAGCUGGUGUCUGGGUUAUCGAAUAA